GUGCGCAGUGGUGCGUCGUCGCUCCGUUUUUGGAAUUCCUGCCGAGCCAGCCGCAAUACGUGCCGUGCUAUGCUUGCUUUUCUUGUGUUAUAUGGUCGCUGAUUGGUUGGUUGUUGCGCGCCAACGUAAAACUUUGUGCUUUGCUUGUUGCCGUUCUACCACUACUAGCUUGUCGAAUAAAAACGAGCUCGAUCAGCUUGGACAAGUGCAGCACAGUGCAGUCGCAGAAGGAUGGGUCGAACUGGCUACACGUGCAUCAGGCACGUCUUCUGCUCACUCAAUGUCCUCAUUUGGUUGUGUGCCUGUGGAAUGCUGGGUGCUGGACUGUGGAUGCGACUGAGUCGCAUUCACUAUCAGUCUUACGGGACAUUUUUACCAGAUGUCAGUGAAUACGUGUCGUUGGACGUAUUGGUGUUGUCAGUUGGCGCACUGACCUUUGUCGUGGCUUUCUUUGGUUGCUGCGGCGCUUGGUUCCAAUCGCGGUGUCUCCUCGUUAUGUAUUUCGGGCUGGUGAUAAUACUAUUCAUGUCGGAGUUCAUGAUUGGCGCGCUGGCAUUUAUUUUCAAUGAGAGUAUAACCAAGACGAUAAGGUUCCAACUUGGAAACGGAAUAGUAAAUCACUAUAAUGACACGGAGGCGAUGGAGACCGGUACCUUCUCGAACAUGUGGACUGUCAUACAAAAGCAGUACAAGUGUUGCGGAGUUGAUUCACCUGCUGAUUGGUAUCACAUUAACAGUUGGCGUGACCACAGUUGGGUACCUGAUUCUUGUUGCAAACAACCAAUGCGUUACUGCGGCCGACAAUAUGAAGGAGAUAUAAAUCUGAAUAAAUUCUACGACAACGGUUGCAUAUCAGCAAUUCAAAUGGAACUGAUGCAGAAUCUUCAUAUAAUUGGAGCAAUCGGUUUGACAAUUGGAUUCUUGCAGCUGUUCGGACUCAUCUCCAGCAUGAUCCUGUUCUGCACGGUCAGCCACAAACGAUCCACGCACACCUACAAAACUCAUCGACAGGCGCAGCAAGCAUGGGGACGUCAAGCUCUGCCGAUUCUGGAUCAAGAGCACUGUCUAAGAGCUUAUGACGAGUGAUUUGUAGUGUAUACCCUCUAACCUCUCUGUUUUUCACUCUCCUGAUCGUUACCCUACCCGACCGUUUUUUACACGAUGACGACGACCACUUUUUAAAACGACACUAAUAUAACACUACGACGACGACUCUUUGCUACGGAUGGAGUAUCUGUUUAUACAUGUAUAUGUAUGCUAUUAUAUUAUUUCUGCCUACGUUGAAUCUGCUUUGUGAGUGGAACUUUCUUUUCUUUGGUAUAAUGCUACUGUCGGAGAUUUUUUAAAAGAAACUUGUAUGUAUUAUACGCUGCCAAAGAUUCCUACUUUAUCGAUCUGAACGUACAAGAUCGGUAUUAUUUGGGACCGAUGAUUUCUAUUUUUCUAGUAAUGAAUGUGUGGUUGAUGAUGGAAAGUUAUAAUUUAUUAAUCUUAAUUAUUAACUCUGUUAUAUUGAUGAAAAUAAAAAUGAAUAUUUUUCUUAUGCAGCCAUGCAUUUUGAUUGAUAAUCUGAGGUGUAGAGUUACUUUAUAUAUUCCUAUUUUUCAAUUUGGUAUAUUCAAAGAUUUUACAAGAACGACUUUAUAAACUAAUGUUAAGAUUUGUUAUACAAAUUCUGUAAUGUGCCAAAAGAUUAUACGAAAAUAUCCUUCAUCUAUCAACUAAUUUCAUGAAUUUUUCAAUUAACGUGAGAUUCAAAUCUUCGACAGAGCAUCAUUUAAUAAAACUAGUAUCUAAGUGAAUACGAGUGAAUUCAAGAAUUCGUUGUGAAUGAAAAAAAGUGCUUCAAUAAUGUUGUGAUCGUGGUAAUGUAGAGUCUAAAUUCACAAAUCUACGAAUGCAUUGUGAUAUGUUUGCACCCAUUAGAUAAACUACAGCGAGAGUUUACACUGUCUAUUACGACGAGUUGUCGGGUCAAGAGUAUGCACAAUCCGCAUGUAAUACAUAUACAAUUACAUUGCGCAUGAAGAUGAUGGAUCGUGUUGCUAUAACUCUGAUGAUGGAUCGCGUAUCGUUAAGCAAGUCCGGUCGCUCUCGAAAUCAAUGACAGGCACUGUGCAACUGAAAAUGGCGUUAAUAAGAAGUGUCUAGUCUAUUGAUCUUUGAAAUAGCCGCAGUCGAGUGCUUUUUAAUGUGUUUGUUAGAUCCUCAUUUUUUCAAUCUCAAUUUUAUGUCUUCUGUUGAUAAAUUUCUUGGUUUUGAUUGUUUGAUUUUCGUAAAUGACAAAUGGAAUUGAAAAACCGAAAAUGUAGAAUGAUGUGCCAUGAAAUAUGUACAAUACUUGAAUUCGAAGAAUUAGCAAUAUCUUUUUGAUUGUCACAAAAUGAUUAUUUGAGACUAUUCCAUGGUGAAAAAAGGCCUGACAAUCGUUAAAUAUGUGAAUACUGCUGAUAGUUGACAAUAUACGUUUAAAACAACUGAAUUUUGUAUAUUUUGUGAUGUGAAUGUGAAAGUGAGUCUGCAAGAAUACUCGCACCUGCAAAUUUUUAUCUAAAAAUACACGUUAGAAAACGCAGAGUGAAACUAUAAAAUAGUUUUCAUUUAGCAGGCGAGUUUUCUUAAAACUAUAAUUACCUUGUAAAAAUCUAGCAGAGUUCUAAUUAGUCUGUAGCAAUAUUUAGUUUAGUAAUUCUCUAAGCGCGUAUAAUCUGCAUUUAGCACGAGAAGAGUCCGGCUAGUUAAAGUAUAUCUAUUUGUGCCCUUUCUUCUUUCGCGAACAGCAAAUACGUCAUAUUAGCGUAUAAAAAAUAAUAAAAUAAAAAGAUACGAACAUGAUAUCUCUACAAACCGUGAAUAAUUCCUACUUUGUCAAUUGUAAUUGUUGUAAUGUAUAACAAUGCAACAUCGUUCUCAAGUAUUUCUUCUACUAAAUUAAAAAUGUUCAUUUAUAUAAAGAAAUUGUUUUUUUCUGUCUCGCAUAUCAUUAUAUGAAUAGCGACCUAAAUAUUAUAAAAAUAUGUGUGUGUGUGUGUACACGCGCAAACACAUACAUACACACGCACAUGCAUUUUUAAAUAUAUAUAAUAAACAAUAUAUAAUUUAGGUAAUGUUGAAUUUUUAUAGAUAUUAUUGUAUACUUGAGAUAUAAUACGCGAUAUGCUUGGAAACGUGAUAGUAUGAUUCAAUGUCGAAAUGAGAUUCGACUAUUGCUAUUAUCAUUCGCGUUUCGCUUGUUAAUUUGUAGAGCGCCAAAUAAUCGGAUUAUUAUGCUAAACUGGAUCGAAUAUCUGAUUUGUAUUAUGUCACUAUGUAUAUUGAAAGAAAAAUUAUAAA